GAAGAAAAAGAAGAAAAGACUGCACGUACGAAGUACAGUAUACCUCAUGAAACCUUGUGGUUGGUCAGAGUGGAGAUACACGAAUGAUCGAGGUUGCCGCUUAAUUAGUUAGCUUUCGCAUCGCACAAGCUUUGUAUCCACGGAAAGGGAAACGGCACUGGGGUUUCUAGGUGCGCCUUCUCCAUCACCCCUUUUGCUAAUGAUUCCAUGCAACACCCAAAGAAAAUGAAAAUGAUUCCACGCGCGCACACACGCUCGCUCGCCUUAUAUAAAAGCCAUCGCAGUCCAUCUUGGAUGCUGAUCCACUCGCAGCAAAUCUUGGCACCCGCAUCAGCAGACACAGAUAUAUCUGCAUCGCGGUUUUUGAUUCACAUAAAUAGUACUGUACUCGAUAGGUAGAUGGUGACGACGAUGGGGCACGUGGUGGCGCUCCUCUCCGCUGCCCUCUCCGGCUCCGGCUGCGGUCGCCACGACGACCACUACUACUCCGGUGGCUGCUGCGUGUGCAUAUCGAGGUUCCAUGACGGGGAGGACAUACGGAGGCUGCCGUGCGGCCACGCGUUCCACCGGCACUGCGUCGACAGGUGGUUGGCGCUGUGCCGACGGACGUGCCCGCUCUGCCGCCUGCAAGUCGGCGGCGUUGGAAUGGUGGUGGCGGAUGAGCACCAGCUCAGCGACGAUCUCGUCAUCUGGUUCUCUUCCCUCUUCGUCGCCGGCUUGUAGCACUCCAUCGCUGCGCUGCAGUGUAGGCUCUUAGUCGAUGAGCAUGUCAAGCAUUUCUCAUGGAAAAAUCUCACCGCGCGCGGUGGGCCCUCCUAGUUCUACCCCUCUUCUAGGCUUUGCUUCACUGAUAUAUAAGUGAUUUUAGGCCACAGCGGACUCCGAAAUAAACUAUGUCUAACAGACAGACAUCCUUCUCAUUAUAUUUAUAUACAACAUGGAUCAAGUGUGCCCAACAAGUAUCCAUGCAAGCAAUACAUUCUUUGCGGCCGCAAGUUGGUUGCUUCGAAACAAGUUACUCCACCGCGCGCGCACACACACACACAAAAAAAAAAGUUACCAUAACUAAUUUACUAUGCUACCCUAGCUGUUAACU